CCUGAACUCACCAGACACUAGACUUUACUACUGUCAUUACAGACACCUGAACUCACCAGACACUAGACUUUACUACUGUCAUUACAGACACCUGAACUCACCACAGACACUAAACUCUACUACUGUCAUUACAGACACCUGAACUCACCACAUACACUAAACUCUACUACUGUCAUUACAGACACCUGAACUCACCACAGACACUAAACUCUACUACUGUCAUUACAUACACCUGAACUCACCAGACACUAGACUUUACUACUGUCAUUACAAACACCUGAAUUCACCACAGACACUAAACUAGACUGUACUGUAGUGGGUGGAUUCUGACAUCACAUCACUGUGUGGUGGGGUGGGGCUACACAGCAGUCUGUGUCUUCCUGUAAUACUUUAAAUUGUCCUUUUUUAAACCCUCACACACACUGUAAUAACCUGAGCCAUCUGUCAGAGAUGCUCACCAUUGGCCGACAGAAGAAAGGUCUGCAGGCUCUGGAGGACCUGAUUGGCUGGCAGCUUGCCCAGAAGAAGGGGAGGGUACAUCAGCUGAUUGAAGGAGAUCGGAAGAAGAAGAAGAGGAAGAGGAGGAGUCAAAAGAGGAGGACAAGCCGAGUGGAGCCUGUAAAUCCACGAUGAGCCGGCUCUACUGCAGACAACAAGUGUUCAGAGAGGGAGGAGAGCCCCGGCUUCCUCGGUAACCAAGGGGGAGGCACAGAAAGGAAGUUUCCACGGCAACACAGGGGACGUUGCUGCAGAGGCGUCAUCGGCGAGGACACCGGGACACACAGGUGGAGGGGACACUGAUGACCUUCAUCACACGGUCACUGGGUUACAGGACGUUUGGGUGUCUGAGGGGCCGCGAUGUCCCAGGCAGGUAAUGUUCUCCACCUGUACGUUGAGGUGCGCUCCGUCUCCGAGGAGGAACAUCAGGGGCCCGGAGGGAGCGAUGACGGCGCCGCCCACCGGAUGCUCCACUGCUCCGACGUCAUCCCUGAGUCCCACAGCCCCGACCGCCGCCAGGCUCCGCCCCCGGGUUCCUCGUCCCCCUCAAAGUCCUCUUCUAGGCACUCUGUCAGCUUCCAGCUCCAGAGCCCAGACGCCACGGGGUCUCCCACCCAGUUCCACCGGCAAGAUCUGUCCCACGAGGGUUUGAGCCAGUUGCUCCAGGUCCUUGGACCCAGAGCAACCGUCCCGGGUCAGAGUGGGUCGCACCUCGCCCGCAACCGCCCCUCCGAGGUGGAACCCUGCCGCGGAAAGACGCUCACCUCCCCGUCUUCUAUGUCGUCUGUACCCUCCACGCCCUCCGGACACCGCCGGUCCUUCGGGGACACAGGCGUCACGAGCGAGGAGGGGAGGACGUCCUUGGUCACCUUUGGCUACAUCGAGAAGGCGAACGUCCGCGGCGGGGGGGGCGACCAAAGGGAGCCGGCCAAUCCGCUCCACUGGAUGGAGGAGGGCCGGCGGCUCCCAAAGAGGUCGAGUGACCCGGUGUGGUACGGUGCGAUGCCGGGUCAGGGGGACCCCUACCGCCCUGACUCGUGGAGAAGCCGCUCCCCACGAGGCUCGCCUUGCCUGCAGAGGGCGAGCCCCGACCCGCCGGCCAGAGACGCCACCUGCAGGGCGCUGGAGGAAUUCGGAUCCCCGGAACUCGGGCGCAGAUUUGUCGACCCGAGGAACUACAGCCCGACCCUGCCGCAGCACUACCAGCACUCCCCCCCCCGCUGCCGGUCCUGGGGGGGGUCGCCCGUCCUGCCCCGCAGCGCCUUCACCCUGCCGGCCAAGGCCCAGCCGGACCGCCGCGAUCCAGCGGUUCAAUUACCCAGAAGCCCCGCCUCGGACCGCCUGUGCUCUCAGACCGGCUGCCACUCCAACUCGUUACCUUGGACCUCGUCUCUCUGCUCUCGGGGCUCCCGGGGGGGGGGGCACAGCCCCAGCAUAUCCAGAAAGCUUCACCCAGCAUUACCGACGGGGAGGCCCACAAACAUCCAGCACGAGGUCCCGACCGGCCGGUUCUGCUCCAGCAACUAUUCCAGUCUAGCCAGCGACUGUACCAGUACCCCCGACACCACCCACGAUGCCACACAAAGCGUGUCCUGCAGUAGCUGUGGUGCCGUGUGCAGCAGGCCCCCCCGCUUGCCCCCCCGCUGCAGAGCCAGCGACGCGGUCAGCCCCACCUACGGCAGGAGCAGCAUCUCCCCAACCAGAAGUCCUGAAGUGGCUUGUAAGUUAACGGUGGACGCGACCAAGUUGUCCUCCACGUACGCCGAGAGGCGGACGCCCUUUCCGGCCUCCUCCCAGGCCGGGUCACCGAGGUCAGAGACCAGCAAUGUCUCCUUCCUGAGAGACUCCGAUGACCCGGCCCUCAGAUGGAAAACGCCUCGUUCUGGGCCGGGACGCGCCUCGCCUCCCCUGACCUGGAAAGGCCCGUCUUCACCGGCGGUUCUCCCGACCUCUUCAUCGCCGGAGCAGCACCAUCGCCUGUGGCCCAGACCCGAGGAGCCCCCAGAACCCUCCAGCCGGAGGGGGGCGGACGGCAGACCGGUCCAGGACGGGGAGGGAUUUGGGCGGUUGACCCCCGGAGGGUGUGCUCCACGCAAAGAAGAGCGCCACCCGGAGGUCGGAAGAGGCGACGGGGAGAGGGAGGAGCUUCAGGACCACAGCGACCCCGCUGGCUCCGCCUCUCGGAGCUCCAGCGGCGUCACCGGCAGCACGGCCGCAAGAAACGGGAACCGAUCCCUCGAAACCUCGAUCCAGUCCAACCACAACACUGCAGACAGGGGCUCGGGGAAGCAGCCACACGACUGCUCCUCGUCGCGCUCGCAGAAGAUCGCCAAAGCCAAGUGGGACUUCCUGUUCGGGGGGAGAGAAGCUCCGUCUGUGAGCAGUUCGCCGAACCCCACCCCUCCCUCCUCCCUCCACCUGAAACCAGCCAAUCAGAGGAGGGGGUGGGGCAGUGAGGAUCCAGGGCCGUCGCAUCGCCAGGUGCGGCGGAUCGUGGUGGAGCCAGUGACCCCUGACAGCCAAGGCUCCACCCCCAGGACGGGCAUCAUCCGCCACACCCUCCAGUACUCGGAGACUGACUUGGACGCCGUGCCGCUGCGGUGCUACAGGGAGACGGACCUGGACGAGGUGAUGCGGGCGGAGGCCGAGGCGGCCGACGAGGAGGUGGACUCGGCCUUUUGGAGCAACCGCAGCAUCCUGGAAAACUCCAGCUGCAGCCCAGCCGACGCCUCCCCUAAACCCCGGACGGGUGGAGACAAGGAGGAUGGAAAAGAGGAGGAGGAGCAGCAGGAGGAAGAAGAACAGGAGGAGGGAGUGGUGAGCUGGGCCACUGUCCGGAUGCUCGGAGAUCAACAGAGACAAAGGACCACCAACGAAGAAGACGAUGUCUUCAGUCUCCUGCUGAAGGGGUCGCUGGCGCCCUCCGACUCCCGCGACGGCCUCAAGUCCCCGAUCUCCAUCGGCGGCCCCCGCCGCCCCUCCGAGAGCAACAUGGACUCCUUCAGCCGCCACUUCGAGAGCAUCAUGGAGUCCCACCGGGCCAAAGGCACCUCCUACAGCAGCCUGGACAGUGUGGACCUCCUUACCUCCGGGUCCACCUCAGUGUUCACCUUCGACCUGCCUACCCUCACGCCUGAGAUCCAGAGUCAGAUCUGCGAGAGCGCCAAGCAGAUCAUCGAGCUGAGCUUUGCCCCUCUGGCCCAACCGGACCCGCACGCCCCCCCCGCCGAGACGUCCUGCUCCAACGGGGCGCCCGCCGCCUCGGGGGAGGGGCUGCGAGGCGGCACCAAAGACAACGAGCCCGGCCCUCCGGUCCGCUCCAGGUCGGAGAAGGAGUCGGGCCGUCGCCAUCUCCUCAGGGACGGCAUCCGCAAGGCCAGCUCCACGCCGUCGCUCCACGGCAGCCCCAGGGAGCGUCCGGUGAACCGCCCCCCCGAGCCGCCGUACCCUCAGGCCGACGUGGCAGAGCAGCUGCCGCUUGGCGGUGACGACGUUCUGCUGAACGGCAGCAAGGCCGACCUGCAGGCCGCCAGGCGCCUCGCCAAGCGCCUCUACGGCCUAGACGGCUUCCGGAAGUCCGACGUGGCUCGACACCUCGGCAAGAAUAAUGAGUUCAGCCAGAUGGUGGCGGAGGAAUAUCUCAGUAACUUCUCCUUCAGAGGUCUCACCAUCGAUCAGGCUCUCAGGAUGUUCCUCAAUCAGUUUGCUCUGAUGGGAGAAACUCAGGAGAGAGAGAGAGUCCUGGCUCAGUUCUCCAGGAGGUACAGGCAGUGUAACCCGCAGAGUGUCCCCUCAGAAGACAGCGUCCACACCCUGACGUGUGCCGUCAUGUUGCUGAACUCUGAUCUCCAUGGAAACAACGUGGGGAAGAGGAUGUCCUGCAGUCAGUUCAUCACAAACCUGGAGGGCCUCAACGAUGGAAGAGACUUCCCCAAAGAUCUGCUGAAGACGCUCUACAGCUCCAUCAAGAACGAGAAGCUCCAAUGGACCAUAGACGAGGAGGAGCUGAGGAAGUCCACGUCGGAGCUGGCUGACGUCCGGACGGACUCCGCCUCCCACACCAUGAAGCGCCUCGGAGGGGGAGGGAACCCGCUGGUGGGCGUCGCCCAGCAGGCCGACGGCGAGCUCUACAAGAGCGGCUUCCUGAUCCGAAAAGUCCACGCCGACCCCGAUGGGAGGAGAACUGCUCGGGGCAAGAGGGGCUGGAAGUCUUUCUACGCCGUGCUGAAGGGUCUGGUGCUCUACUUGCAGAAGGAAGAGUUCCAUGCAGAGCGCGAGCUGACGGAGGAGGACGUGAAGAACGCCGUCUCCAUCCAUCACUCUCUGGCCCUGAGAGCGGCCGAUUACAGCAAGAGACCCAACGUCUUCUACCUGAGGACGGCUGACUGGCGGGUCUUCCUGCUGCAGGCGCCCAACGCAGAACAGAUGCAGUCGUGGAUCACGCGCAUCAACGUCGUGGCGGCCAUGUUUUCUGCGCCCCCCUUCCCGGCGGCGAUCGGCUCCCAGAAGAGAUUCAGCCGUCCUCUUCUGCCGGGAUCCAACACCAAGCUGUCCCAGGAAGAGCAGGUCAAAUGUCACGAGAGCCGGUUCAGGGCGGUGUCCUCUGAGCUGGCUGACCUCACGGCCUCCACGCCGGACCGGAAGGUCAAAGGUCGCGAGCUGGAGGAGCAGAAGCUGCGGCAGGAGUACCUGGAGUUUGAGAAGACCCGGUACGGGACGUACGCCAUGCUGCUCCGGGCCAAGCUGUCCAGCGGAGACGAGGACCUGGCGGCCUUCGAGUCACGGCUGUUUGACGACGGCGGCCUGCAGAGGGCGCACUCCAGCCCCACGCUGCCUGUGGACGACCCCCACAGGGAGAAGAGCCGCGGGGCCGUGACCUCCAAGAGCCUCAAGGUCACGUCGUCUUCGUCCUCCAAGGCCGGCGGCGGCACUAAAGAGGGAAGCAAGAAGAAGAAGAGCAGCAGACCGGAGGAGGGUUAGAGGGUCGGUGUGAUGCAUCAUGGGAACCUUUUCUGUUCUGAUUGGCUCCUCAGAGCCCGGCUGAGAGGUCGAAGGUCGACGGGGAGGAAGCGCUCAUUGGCGAGGAAACCUGUUUUUUAUUUCUCACCCAAACAUCGGCAUUUCAGAGUAAGAGCUUGUGUUCCUGUCAGGGACCUUUAUUUUGUUAAAUGAAAGGAGAGCGAGCAGCAGAGACUCACACGCGGUUUAUCGGUACUUUUGAUCGCACAGCGACGCACGCUGGCCUCCUGCAGCAAGCAGAGGGGUUUCCAUGGCAACGAGAUACGAUGGACAGCACACUGUUGCUGCAACAGUCAAGUUAACAAGCAAACAUUGUUAUAGUGUGUGUGUGUGUGUGUGUGACUGUGCGUGGCAGGAGUAGUACUGUGUUGUAUGAAAACUAUUUAAAGGCUGAAGAUGAAUCCAUCCCAUAAUUAUCAAUCAAUGCUUCACCCUACUUUACCAAUACACACGUGUGUGUGUGUGUGUGUGUGUGUGUGUGUGUGUGUGUGUGUGUGUAUAAACGUCCACGCUGAGAAGCCAUAUCAUCUUCGGUCUCUAUUUAUUCCUCUUCUUCCUCUGGAGGUUUUAGACGAACACGCCGUCCACUUCGUGUCUGUUUUUGUCGUAGUGAAACACAAACAUAGAGGAAGAAAUAAUAAUAAAAGGGUUUGAAAA